AUGGAACCUCAGAAUGUCAGUUGCUAUUUUUUCGGCGAGACUCAUCCAACAAUUUUACCUCUCGCUGGAGGUAUCAUUGGUGGAAGUGAAGGGUUCCAUUUUGCGGGAUACCUGGCGAUACCCCCACGACCCAUCCUUUACCCACUAUAUUGCGUCAGGCAUAGGCUCGAUGCUCUCAAGCUCGAAAUUACAUUACUUGAUUAUUUGGUGACAAGCACUCAAGACCACAAUCCCGCUUAUGAACUCAACAACCAAGGCAAAGAGGUUCCCAUUUACAUCGAUGAUAACGCAGAUAAGGGGAAUAAGUACAAGACACUUGCCUAUUCCGCCGAUUAUCCCAUGGGAUACGUCCCUGUGUCCGCUUCUGCUUCUUGUUUCCAGUCUGCUCCCUUUUCCCCGCCUGGUUCCUAUUCCUCACCUGGUUCCUUUUCUUCGCCUGAAUAUAACUAUUCAUUGGCGCAAUUCUCAGAUCUUUUCAGUGCAACCGCGAACCUUUCAGCAUCACCAGAGAUCGAAUUCGCACAGGAGAUGGCCGAUAAUACUCUCGCAAUGGUUGAGCCUCUAACUUCAUCACACGAACAACCUUCGGUUGUGCCAGGAGUGUAUUUAUCCGCACCACAGUCUCCCGUGGGCUCUUCUGUAAACCUCCGCUCUCCUAUGGACUCUGCACCAGAGUCGUGGAUCAUGUCAUCGGCUAUGGAUGCCAGCAGCAUCCAGGUAGACGAUGAUGGUGCACCGCAACCAGUUGCGCCCGAGACUGCUGUCCAUGCAGACACAUUGCAUACGAUUCUCCAAGAUUAUCCGCUAUGGAGGGACACCCUAGUCUGCCUGCGGCUCAAGAUGAAAGUCGAGGUUUGCUGCGGGGGGGCUCAAAAUCCAUUUUUACUCACACAACCUAGUUAUACUGACCAAAGGAUACAAUUUUUCGAGAUGCUCUUCGAGCAGAGUCUUAUCGCAGUUGGCAUAGAUCGCAAGGAUCUGGAACAAGAACAGGCCGCAAAAUGGCUUACAGGAUUCACUUCUGAGGCGAAGCGCGUGGCCAAAUUGGCUAUCAUGGACACCAGACCAGCAUUUGGUUUCGGCCUCCAUGACACGGUGGCCGCAGACCCAAGCCUAUUGGCGAACAAGUGUGUGGGGUUCUUGAGGCGCUUUAUGACCCCACAGUCUGCAUUACUCCCCAUUUCAGCCAAUAGCUUAAAGUGGCUUCUGGAACACGAGAUUAUCAAGUCGCUGAUCUAUUAUUUCAUUUACCGCGCCAGCACAACUUCUAGUAGACGAGUCGUGAUUAGCAACGAGGAACCAGCUAUUUUCCUGACCGCCCAACUCCCACCCAUGGAGAUGUGGUACAGCGCCCUCUUGGCUCGGCUCAUUGAGUUGAUCAAGGCAAUGAGAACCUUGGGGCUGCCUGUCAACAUCAUGAUGGCGACAUUUCCCCCAGCCUCUACUAUCUAUGCAGAAGUGCUGGCGUGCCUAUUGCAUCUGCUCGCACAGACAAACGACCCAGCAUACCCAGACCUCCUGGAGGUGCUUGCAAGCAUGUGCAACAUCAAUUCAGGGUUAUUUUCUGCAUCCGCAUCCUUCGCGCCUUCAACAAGGCACUUUCUUGCAAUCGAGCAUACCGAGCACACCCUCAAAUAUUGGCUCCAGACUCAAGGACAUGAAAUUGUUCCAGACCCGCUUUUUGCCACAACCUCUGUGUUGUUUGGAUGGGUUGACCCCCUUGAUCUUAUAGCUGUCCUCCAAGUGAGCCUCAGGGUGGCCGCAAUAGAGAGACAGCUACUGAAAGAACAAAACACUAUUUUUACAUUCCUUGUGCGAGGAGGGCAAUCUUUAAUGGAAGAGAGGAUGUAUCGAGCUCAGCUGGAGGUCUUGUUGUUCAGUAAAGCCAUUGCGAACUUAUGUGAAGAGCUGAAGACCAGAUGCUGCCCAUCAUGGCUUGCCACGUCAUGGCAAUUUGAAGUGGAUUUCCCACAAGCUCACGAAGUUCCUGAGCUUUAUGAACACCUUUCGAGGCACAACAAUGACUUUCUUUCCCCUCUGAUGCAAGCUUGGUUUGGUCGUGUCACAUAUCGUACCUAUAUCACCACAUCCUCUGCAGACUCCAAGUCCAUACGCAUCGACAACACUGAAAGCUUCAAAGCAAAGAAGAACAAAAUGCCAGAUGCACUCAAGUCUGAUUUUUCUAUUCUAGAGUUGAAGAAACAACGUGCACAAGCUGAAGUAGACAUGUUUUCUGAAGUCAUAGCACGCACUGCUGGAAUUCAGUACAGUGAUGAUGGAACAUUCACUUCUCAUGGCACUGCUGGGACAUUUGAAUCAUGUCUACCUGCUAACUCUUCCAAAUGGUUUGAUUACUGGUUCGAAGAUUGGUGUUCGACCUCGAAUAUAUCUCAUGUGGAUCGCCUCUUUCAUGCUGCGAACGACUUUUGGGUCAAUCGCACUUGGCCGCCAGUCACUUCUGGGGUUGGCCACCUCUGGGACCAGUUUCGUCUGUAUGUUGGACUCCUUGUCAAUCCAGCGGUCUAUCAUAAACCGACCAAAGACGAAGCGGAUGACGAUAACGACAAUGACUGUGAUAGCCCUUCUAAUACUCAGAUCAAUGGAGAGGAUACCUUUGGAUUAGCUCCUUCCUUAAAGGAUCCUGCUAGCUCAACUUACUCUGUUGAAUUAGACGAUCAGGAUGACGACGAAGGUUUACAGGCACGCAAAUCUGAUCUGGAAGAACAACGCGAGGAGAAGCUACACCUGCUCGCCACGGAACAACAGGUGUCCUUCUCAGCGUCCAUCUUGGCAGAUAAUCAGGGAGUACUGAGAUUCGUCGAGUACGCACUUCAGACUUCUAUUCACGCGACAGAUACCAUCGGAGACCGUUAUACUUGGAAACUGCCUCUGGAUAGCCAUAUCAGUUUUUUGGGCUAG